AUGGAGAAUUUCAGGAAAAUGGUUUUGUGGUUGAUGGCCAUUAUGAUGGGUACGUUUUUGGUGGAGUGCAGAGACAGUGUGCUCCAUAGGGUUGGAGGAGGAAGAUAUACUUGGGCACCUAACAUUAACUUCGCGGAAUGGUCGAGCAACGAGCAAUUCUAUGUCGGUGAUUGGCUCUAUUUCGGGUUUGACAAGCACACCUAUGAUGUUUUGGAGGUGAACAAGACAAGCUACGAGAAUUGCAUUGACAAAAACUUCAUAAAGAAUAUUACACAGGGUGGUCGUGACGUCUUUAAUCUCACAAAUGCAAAGUCAUAUUACUUCCUCAGCAGCAAAGGCCACUGCUCUAAGGGAAUGAAAGUCGCUGUCUAUGUCCAUGAUUACACAUCCCCACUGGCGGCACCAUUUCUGGUCUACAAUGGUUUCGCAACGGACACCUGCGGCCAGAUGAUCCAACUUGUGAUGCUUGGAACAUCUUUAGCCUGGACCUUUCUCAACUACAUCUGACUUUGGACCUUUCUCCUCAACUACAUCUGACUUUAAACUAUCUCCAAGAUGGGAUAACUUGUGAUGCUUGGAACAGCUUUAGCCUGGAACUUUCUCCUCAACUACAUCUGAACAACGUACGAACUUUUGCAGUCAAGGUCAUCAUAUAUAGAGUUCACCUAACAGGAACGAGUCUCAUGUGACCGUGCAUUA